AUGGUGCAGCAGAGACUCAACUUAAAACUUCGCAGCUGCACCUUAGCAGAAACCGUAACCAACAUAGAAGAACUCCUUAUCGAAAUCCUUUUACGCGUGCCAGCUAUACCUUUGCUCCGCUUCAAAUGUGUCUCCAAGCGUUGGCUCUCUCUUAUCUCCGACCCCAAAUUUUGUCACCGCCACACCCUUCAAAACCCCCACUCCUCCAUCUCCGCUGUCUUUUCCCACAAUUCCACGAACUUCUCUAUUAUCCCUUUUCCUCGUUCUAAUUAUUCCAGUGGUAUUUACCAUGCAAACCAUAGCCACAAUUCCGCUAGCUGGAAUCCUCUUGAUGUCAUUGCAAACCAAUAUGGCUGCAUUGAGAUUAGGGACUCAUGCAAUGGCCUCUUCUUGUGCUCUCCCGUUGGUGCACCAUCUAGUUGUAGAUCCCCAUAUUUUAUUCUCAAUCCCACAAGUAGUCAGUUCUUGACUCUCACAGUUCCUCCAUGCCCUGCAAUUGGUGCUGGUGAGCUAGGAGAAGCAGCCUACAUCAUUGGCCUCUUUUUGGCUUUUGACCCUUCCCGAUCACCUCAUUACAAAGUUAUCUGCCUUAACACCAUUAAAGAUGUACCAGAUUGUUACCAUUUCCAAUUACAAAUUUAUUCGUCUGAGACUCGAAGUUGGAGGCUUCUCAAUUCUACUUUCCGCAUCAAUUUCCGUCUUGACUACCAACGGGCGGUCUACUGGAAUGGCGCAAUUCACUGGGUAGGCACCUUUUGUGAGAUGUCAUACUAUCACAUCGAUGAAGAGCAUGUUAAGUUUGUUAGGGGUGUUCCUCACUGUUACGAGAUGAAAUGGUUUCAAACAGAGUCCAGAUAUUUCAAAGAGUCGACCAGCGGUUGUCAUUUGCAUCUAAUCGAUAUUUUUGGACCCAUGGCCUGGUUGUCAUUUACUAAAUUUCAAGUGUUGGAAAUGCCAAGAGACUACUCUGGUUGGUAUGUCAAGUACAAUGUUGAUCUUGAUCCCUUGUGCACUUCCUUCCCGCACAUCCGUUGUGGAAUGUUUGUGGUUCUCUAUCUUGACCGAGAUGAAAAUGAAGAAGAGGACAGUUCAUCUCUGUUGCUGCAUAGUCCUGGACAAGUCAUCUCGUGUAAUUUAAAGAGUAAGACCUUCGAAUCUUUUAAUUUAGCUACUUGUCAGGGAUUGCUCGUUAAGGAUGACAAUUAUCUCUUUAAGGAGACUCUAGCUUGUGUCUAAAAGUUCACCUACCUGUUAUCCUUUUGAUUUUGUUCAAAACAAAUAUAAUUAUGAUAUCGAUCACCUAGCUGUCGACCGUGACACCAUCCUCUUGCUGCUGUGUUUGUUUGUAUUUUCUGGUUGUAAGA